AUGCAAGGAAUACAUUUAAAAAAAUGUUCGUUUCAGUUAAUCGAAGAAAAGAUGACUAAUAAGCCGGAUGAAAAUCAAGAGUCCUUUGCGAUCAGGAACACAGUGAUCAGUCGGGUUGUGGAAUUUCUAAAAAGCGGAGAAUUUUCAUACGAAGAUGCCGAGGGCGAGUGCAGUAUCAUGGUUGGGGCUAGCUUCGAGACAACCGCCGUAACAGUCUUUAGCACUCUUACCUUUUUGGCCAUGUUUCCCGAGUAUCAAGAUGCCGCCUUCGUAGAGCUUAAAGAUGUCUUUCCAAAUGCAGGAGACUUUGAGGUCUCCAACGAUGAGAUACAGAAACUGGUGUACUUGGAUCGUGUGCUGAGCGAGUCGCUGCGGUUGAUCCCAGCGAUUCCAUUGAUAGCACGGGAGACCUCCCAAGAAGUUAAGCUAUCCAAUGGCAUCCUAUUACCCAAAUCCCUGACUCUGUGUCUCGACAUAUUCCACACGCACCGCAACAAGGAUUCCUGGGGCCCAGAGGCAGACAAGUUUAACCCCGACAACUUUCUUCCCGAAAAUAUUUCGAAAAUUCAUCAGUACGCUUACAUUCCGUUCAACAAAGGAAAGAGAAGUUGCAUAGGCAUGAAAUAUGCAGAAAUAGCUGCCAAGGUUGCCCUGUCAAAGAUUCUAAGGAACUAUAAGCUAAGUACCAGCUUUCGUACUGAGGAUUUUGUAUUCAUUGAAAAUCUAAGUAUAGAUUUUGCUAAGAAACCUCUACUGGAACUGCAGCGAAGGGAUUAACAAAUUUGCUAAUAAAACGCUAAAGUCUCGAAAAAAUCUUGACCUGAGGUUUAUUUUUUCGAGGCUUUAGCGUUUGUUGGGUGAAGUUCACUGCGUUUUUCUCCCCUAUAUAAACAAUAAUAAAACCGCAGAAUCGCUUCAGCUUGUCAAAUAUUUCAAU